AUGAACAUCAUCGACGAGUACGACCUGGACAUGUACAAGAACCUUGUCAUGUCUAACAACUGCAAGCAGGAAGACAUCUUGUGUAUUUUUAGUAUGUCUAGUUUCCUUAACACACUAUGCUUUAUUAUAUUUUUUAUAAUUUUCCUGUGGGGCCUUUCCAUCAUUUCGAGGUACUACACCUCGUACAAUGUUAUGAAGUACCUCAAGGACAGGAAGGCCAUUUACAUGCAGAACAUGUCCCGGUACAUAGACGAGAUAAAGAUGCUGUGCAGGAGCCACGUGAAUGACAUAAUUCGAAUUAAAAAAAAAAUAACCCCAAAGAGCGUCGACAAAAUACACCUGGACAUAUGCAUCCAUGACGACAUUCAACUGGUGAAGAAUUAUUUAAGUUCUAGCGCAAGUGACCUGACCGACCUGUACAAGUAUGGCAUUACCUUUACCUUUUCCUCGAAGAACCCCGUUUGUGUAACUCUCUUUUGGGGCGUCCUCCUGAACGAAAUCAAUCAGGUCAUACACGAAAAGAUGGAGGCGCGAAGAAAAAGCAAUAAUGGAAGAAGCACUGUUAUUUGUAUUGACAAUUUUAAAUCAUUCUUUAGGGAAGGGUUCAGCAGGUCAUUACAAUCUAAGCCUUCCUCCGAUGCGAUGACUUACCUGCUCGAUAAACAUAAGGGUGGUGGUGGUGGUGGUAAUCUUUAUUCAGGAGAGGAUGAUAUUGUUGCAGGAGGAGAAAACUUUUAUGGUCACCACCAUCAUGAUCCUUUAUCCCCACAUGAGAAGAACCCCUCCUUCAUUAACUUCACCUCGUGCUUGCAUAAGACACCGAGCUCUUUUUUCACGUCGAGGGAUAACAUCACUUAUACAAUGCCCUGUGAUGAAAGCUUCUGCGUUGGAGAUGUCCUGAGCCAAAUAGAAGAUGAAAAAAAUGGGUACCAGGAUCAUCUGAAGGACAAACUACAACAAAACAAGUAUGAUCAACAUUACUCCCUCGACGAAAAAGUGUUAAGUGGUAACAUGAGCGAUGAAAAGAUAAGGAUCCCUUUAACCAUUCUUAUAAACGACGCACCACCCUAUGGUAACUCGUCUGGCGGUGGUGGAAGCGGCGUUGGAAGCGCAAAGAAUGCAUCCCCUGGUAAAGGAGUAGGGAAGAAUAGAGGUAACGGAGCCCAUGCCAGUACGCUUGUAGUCCUUGUCGAUUUUAAAAAAAUGAAAGACAAAUAUAUCCCCUCCGUAAUAAAGGACAUUUGUGUGUCUAGCGAAAAUGGAACCAACACCGCUGUACAUAAAAGUAAAAAAAAAAAUGAAGCUUUUCAGUUUUACGAUAUACUAGACAUUUAUGGACAUGAGGAACAUGACAAGGAAUGUCUCAUCUGCAUGACCUCGUAUAAGGAUACUCUGCUGAUGCCGUGUAGGCACUCGUCCUUUUGCUACGACUGUAUGAAAUCACUGCGCCAGGAGAAAUGCCCCAUCUGCAGGUGCCUCUUCACUUCCUUUAUAAAAUUCCCCCUCAAAAAUAUGGACAAGGGCGCCGACAUGCCCUAG